AUGUCUUCUCAAUCUGCUUCUGCUGCAGCUGCCAACCAGGCUCUCAUUGCUCUUGUCGCCCAGCUCAAUGAGAUGGUUCAAGAUGUUCUCCGGUCGCAGUCUCAGGACGAGAAAAUGGAGUUGAGCUGCGAGAUUGCUCGCGAAGUGAAUGUCGUGAUUCGUUCAUAUGGGAGGGACACUUCAUAUGUUCCCCCUGGCCUGCUGUCACUUGCAGCUGAGAUCUUUCGCGCUCAGAGGCGCACCUCACAAUUGGUGGUAGUACCGGAUUGGAACCAUCUUGGUAACAAUCAGGAUAUGUGCAUGAAGCAUCCAUUGUACAGUAAGACAUUGGGUCAUGCGCCGCCUGCUUCACCUGCAGCUACUGCUCCUGCAUCUGCACCUGCACCUGCACCUGCUCCGGUACCUGCUCCUGCACCAAUACCUACUCCUGCACCGGUACCUGCCCCACCACCGGUACCUGCCCCACCACCGGUACCUGUUCCUGUACCGGCACCAGCCUCUGCACCGGAACCAGCACCACGCAUCAGCAUUCGCAUACCUAAAGAUGUGCCACCCGGUGGGACAGCAACAGCCAGGACAUCAACAAACCGGAAACGCCGGCUCAGCAGCCCCCCUUUGCCCCGUGUCAACCGGGCCCAGAAGCCUGCACCAAAGUCGAAGGCAAUUUUGUCUGCCACUGACACUACCGACAAUGACAAGGCAAAGGCAAAGGCAAAGGCAAAGGCAAAGGCAAAGGCAAAGGCAAAGGCAAAGGCAAAGGCAAAGGCAAAGGCAAAGGCAAAGGCAAAGGCAAAGGCAAAGGCAAAGGCAAAGGCAAAGGCAAAGGCAAAGGCAAAGGCAAAGGCAAAGGCAAAGGCAAAGGCAAAGGCAAAGGCAAAGGCAAAGGCAAAGGCAAAGGCAAAGGCAAAGGCAAAGGCAAAGGCAAAGGCAAAGGCAAAGGCAAAGGGGAAGGCAAAGGCAAAGGCAAAGGGGAAGGCAAAGGCAAAGGCAAAGGCAAAGGGGAAGGCAAAGGCACCGGAAGAUGAUGGCGAUGAGGAUGGCGAGGGGAUCAAUGUGGAUGAUCUUCCAGACGUUGAGGCGAGUUUGUUUCUUGAGAUAUUCAACCCCCGGAAAUCAACUCGUCAGGCUGUAAUCGUUGUCAAAAAGAAGGGCAGUGCAUCAAAGGCAAGUCAGCGGGUUGUGAUUCAGGAUGAUGAUACACAAGGCAGGCCAAAGGCAAGUUCAUUAUUUUACUUCACAUUUACCGGUCUAUCGCUCAUCAGGAUGCAGGCCACUGUCAGACCAGGGAAACGGCAAAAACUGUCCAUGCAGCCCAAGGGCAAGGCCACCGGCAAGAAGGGCAAAGUGCCAGAACUGCCCCGCGUUGAUGAACCCCAUCCACCUUGUGAUAGAUGUCUGGCCAAGAAUGUUGAGUGUUUCCCCCGAUUGACGAAGAAAGGCGAGAUCGCCUCGACUUGCUCAUUGUGCUAUCUGUGGAAGAUGGCAUGCAUCCGGACUAACACAGAGAGCGCACCCACCACCUCUGCCAACACCAUUACCCCCAUCACCGUCACUGCACCACCUGCAGUCGCAGUAGCCACUCGCUCCAAGACCAUCCAGUCCAAAGCCACCGGAGAGAAGAUGAGUGGGAAAUCCAAGGCGAAAGGCAAGUCUUUUGAUAUCCGGCACCCAAGUCCUAUCGAAGAGGAGGACAAUGUCGAUGAUGUCCAGAUGGUUGCUGCCGGCAGUUCUGCACAACAACCGGCCCCUUUGGCAUCCCCACACGAUUUCCCUCCUGAUCAUUGGGUGGAGCCCGGCAAUGAUGAGAUGCCACCUUCAUCACCGGCCAUGGCCUCAGAGGACAAUAUCCGGUUCUCGCCAUUACCGGUUGAUUUCAACCAUCCCUCCCCUGUCUCUCCUUCUGGACCCGGGCGGGAUAUGCAUGUGCAGAAGGGACUCCUUGCUGAGUGCAUGGCUGAAGUAAGAGGUAUUGUCAGGUAUCUGAGGGAGCAAAGAUCUACUCAGGCGACAGCAUCAACUCCACCGGCAUUUAAUCCACCCCCCAUGACAGCCCACGACCCAUCUAUCAGUGUGUUUGCUCGCACUGUGACCAACAAUGUGUUCACUCCGGAUGUCUCUUGGAUGGGUGCCCAGACUGGUGGUGAUAUGUUGGGUGAUACUGCAGAUGGAUCACCGGUCGCAAGGCACAACCGGGUGCCAUCCAAUUCCACCAUCAUCCCUUCACUGACCAUGAGGGAAUCCGGCCCAUCUGUUCCUCCGGUUGGUGCACCACCUGUGCAAUCUCCUAUUCUCCCGGUCGCCGGGCCAUCAAAUGUGCCGGCUGAUGCCCAGUCCAUCUCAGCUCCUUUGCCAUGCCCGCGAUUUGGACCUCUAUCGCACCAAGGUCGGUUAUUGUCUACAUUGUGUUGUCAAGCUCUGGUGCUUUCAAUGUUGAAGACAAUGCAUCAUAUAAUCGCACAACCUGCAUUUCAGUAG